CCGCUGGCCCCACCCCUCCUUCAUCCUUAAAAUUGGCUUGCGCUGUGCAGGGAAGACAGAAUCUGCGGGAACCCAACAACAGCUCAGCACCGAGAAGCCCCUGCAAGGGUGGGAAAGAAGCAGGAACUUGAGGGGACACCGAAGAAACUGGGAGCAAAAUGAAGAGUGAGCCGCUGUGUGUUCUGCUGCUUUUCGGGGUGGUUUUCACGUUGCCUGACAAGGGAUUGCACAACAGGUUCAGAAGAGGAGCCCGGUCCUACAGAGCGACCUGCAGAGAUGAGCAAACACAGAUGACAUACCAACAGCACCAGUCGUGGUUGCGCCCCAUGCUCAGAAGCAGCCGGGUAGAAUACUGCUGGUGCAGCAGUGGCCGGGCGCAGUGCCACUCCGUGCCUGUCAGAAGUUGCAGUGAACCGAGAUGCUUCAACGGAGGUACGUGUCAGCAGGCCCUGUAUUUCUCCGACUUUGUCUGCCAGUGCCCUGAUGGAUUUAUUGGGAAGCACUGUGACAUAGAUACCAGAGCAACAUGCUUUGAGGACCAGGGCAUCACCUACAGGGGCACGUGGAGCACGGCAGAAAACGGGGCUGAGUGUGUCAACUGGAACAGCAGUGUUCUGUUCCUGAAGCCCUACAAUGCAAGGAGGCCGGAUGCCAUCAAGCUGGGCCUUGGGAAUCAUAAUUACUGCAGAAACCCAGACCAAGACUCGAAGCCCUGGUGCUACGUGUUUAAGGCCGGGAAGUACACCUCAGAGUACUGCGGCGUACCUGCUUGUCCGAAGGGAAAAAGCGAGGACUGCUACAUCGGAAAAGGCUUGACUUAUCGCGGCACCCAAAGCCUCACCACAUCCAAGGCCUCCUGCCUCCCGUGGAAUUCCAUGGUCCUGAUAGGCAAGAGUUAUACAGCCUGGAAGACCAACUCCCAGGCGCUCGGCCUGGGCAGACACAAUUAUUGCCGGAACCCAGACGGGGAUACCAAACCCUGGUGCCAUGUGCUGAAGGACCGAAAGCUGACAUGGGAAUACUGUGACGUGUCCCCUUGCUCCACCUGUGGCCUGAGGCAAUACAAGCAGCCCCAGUUUCGAAUUAAAGGAGGCCUCUUCACUGACAUCACCUCGCACCCUUGGCAGGCUGCCAUCUUUGUCAAGAACAGGAGGUCUCCCGGAGAGAGAUUCCUGUGUGGAGGCGUGCUCAUCAGUCCCUGCUGGGUCCUAUCUGCCGCCCACUGCUUUCUAGAGAGGUUUCCCCCCAAUCGUCUUAAAAUAGUCUUGGGCAGGACAUACAGAGUGGUCCCUGGAGAGGAGGAACAGACAUUUGAGAUUGAAAAAUAUGUGGUCCAUAAGGAAUUUGAUGACGACACUUAUGACAAUGACAUUGCAUUGCUGCAGCUGAAGUCAGAUUCCAAGCAGUGUGCCCAGGAGAGCAGCUCUGUUGGCACUGCCUGCCUUCCUGAACCCGACCUGCAGCUUCCUGACUGGACAGAGUGUGAGCUGUCAGGCUACGGCAAGCAUGAGGCAUCGUCCCCUUUCUUCUCUGACCGGCUGAAGGAGGCUCAUGUCAGAGUCUACCCCUCCAGCCGCUGUACCUCAAAGCAUCUGUUUAAUAAAACCGUCACAAACAACAUGCUGUGUGCUGGAGACACCCGAAGUGGAGGCAACCAGGACCUCCACGACGCAUGCCAGGGUGACUCAGGAGGACCUCUGGUGUGCACGGUCAAUAAGCACAUGACUUUGGUUGGCAUCAUCAGCUGGGGCCUUGGCUGUGGGCAGAAGGAUGUUCCUGGGGUAUACACAAAGGUUACGAAUUACCUGGACUGGAUUCAAGACAACAUGAAGCAAUGACCGAGAGAGCCCAGCAGCUUGAAUCCAGAGGAGGACCUGCCUCUCUCCUCUGCAGAAGGCACACCUAAAAGGCCAAGUGCUCUUUACACGAUCAUCUUCACAGCCUGCCACUCGGCAGAGGGAAGGGGGUUCUGUAGGAGAGGACACAGUGUUCAGCUGUGGUAGGUACUUCACAAUUAAGUCGUCAGGGACGAAGGUCUGACUUUAGAUCCUGUCUGACGAGGCAAUGGGAAAAUGCCAGCUGCCCUAGAACUCCAGGAUUUCAAAAAGGAAGACAGGCCUAAGCCUGCCCUCCUGGUCCACCAUCCUGUCCACUGGGCCACACGAUCAUGUCUCAACAGGAAAAUGCAACUUGAUCUUUCAGGAGAGAAAGUUUCCUUUGGGGGCAAGAAUGGGUAUUUAUAGUCACAAGAUGGCGCAGCUGGGAGAAGAAGGAAGGGUUGGCUGGCCAGACAACAGCUCCAUAAAACCCUUGAAAUCAAAUAUUCCUCACCCUUUCCUCACUCCUCAACUCUUGGGAGGGUAUUCCCUUGUAUACAGUGUAAAUCUUUUUAUGAACUUCAGAGAUGGUUCAGAGAACCGUGUGGUUUUAAUAAUUGAUGAAAUAGCAUUAGCAUAUUUAUAUAUUAACCUAUUUUAGUUUUACUUUGUUACCAUAACUUUGUAUUAUACUGUGCUUAAAUAAAUUCAGAGGUAUUUUUCACACUUUUCAAA